CCGGAAUUUUGGUCAUGUGAUGUCAACAAAACCCCUCAAAUCGAACAGAUGUCGAAGUAACGAUUUCUACAACGUGAUGGAAAGAUGGACGGUUAUUUAGGCGUGGAUAUUUCAAACCUUGAAUAGUGCUAACAAUGUCUGGUGAGUACGAAAAGCUGGUAGAAAAAUCAGGACCCCCCAGUCCCCCUGGAAAUGAAGGAGGGUAUGGAUCCAAUGGAAAUAGUCCACCUCAAAACAACAGAGGACUGCAGUUUGGGAGAGUGGGAGGGAGUCUGAAUGAGGAACAGUUGUCCCCCUCAGAAGAACAGACUGCUCCCCAGGGCCGACCCCUCAGGAACCCCACAGCUGUGAUACGGUCUGACGGUUAUGUUGAGCUGAUGCGUGGAAGGGUGCCCUGUCCCACGUGUAGGGGCUCAGGAUCAAUACCUAAAGAACAAGAAAAUGAGCUGGUGGCCUUGAUUCCAGUUAGAGAUGAUAGACUGAAACCUAGACGAACGUGCUUGUAUGUUUCGCUGGCGAUAACAGUGUGUUUACUCACGGCAGGAUUGCUUAUUUUCUUUAUGUUUCCAAGAGACGUUAAAAUCAGCAGCGAUGUAAAAUUACUUCUCCCUCAUAAUCUCACUAUAGAUCUUCAAAAUAAGUCAGUGGUUUUCUUUGUAGUGAAUCCAUUCAAUGUGACAAACUCGAAUUAUUUUGCGAUAAAGAUCUCGGAUGUGACAAUGUCGGUGGUGUUUUCAGAGAAAGUGCUAAAUCAGACCAGUGUCACUGUCGAUAAAAGUGUCCAAGUCAGGUCCCAAAACUCAUUCUCUGUUCCUAUUGGUAUAGCAUUUAAUAAGAAAAAUGGAUUUGCUGAAUUAGUUAAUGAUUGUGCUGAGCCUUACACUUUCUAUCACAGAAGAGUUAUGUAUUUCACGGUGACGGCCAGCUAUAACUUCCUGGGUAGGGACGAAGAAGCUUCGUUCAAUACGUACACAGUAGUUAGUUGUGGGAAUGACACCUUGAGUCGAUAACACUUUGAGUCGAUAAGGCCUUGAGUUGAUGAAAAGGUUAAACACAGCUGUGAUUUCAAUGAACAAAAUGGGCAUUUAAAUAUCAUACUCAGAAUAUUGGCACUAUAUUUUUGAUUUUGUUUACUGUAUUUCUUCUAAUGCUAUUUCAAGGAAAGAGUUACUGUAACUGUUCCUUUUUGAAAAUAUAUCCCUAUGUACCGGUACAUUAUCUUGUAUCAGAUUUUAACAUUGUCUGUAAUUGUCAUAUUCAUGCAUAAGUUGACACACAGCUGAAUUUCAGAGACAAUGUAAAUAUUUUUCUGUAAAAAAAAAUCCAUACUUAAAUGUUCAUACAAAAUCAUCAUGAUUUUGUACAAGUAUAAUAUUACUUGUAUCAAUGUUAAUUAUAUUAUUAUGUUACUUGCAUUAUGACAUAUUAUGUGGAGUAGUCAGGAAGUUUCCUAGAAGCCAUGUUUGUAUUACCAUAAAGUUCUUCUAGGACCAUACAUUAUAAACAUAUCACAUAAUUAUAAACAUUUAGACUUUAUGUUUACAUAUCGGUAAUCAUGAUAAUGUAAUAAAAUGAUCAAAUAACAUUCAAGAAAAGUUUUCAAAUGUGAUAAAAUGAUAUUAUUAUGUCGAAAAUAAGAAUGUUCACAUCACAGAAUGCAGCAAUGUAUGAUAUGAAAUAUUUAGAACUUAUUUUUCACAUUUUUAAUUAUAAAGAGUUGCUAGUCAUUUAUUGUGCCAAGUGUGGUUUGAAUCUAAUAAGUGGAGCAUGCUUGACUUGUGUCUUUAAUUUUUAUCAUUCAUUACCUAAUUUGCUCAUAAAAUUAGUUCUGGAAAUGUAGUCAAAUUAUGUCAUCAAAAAUAGCAUGUCUACUGAUGUAGGAACAAGGCAUUCUGUGACUUAACAGUUCGAGGUGUCAGAAAAUUGUUUGUAAAAAAAAAAAUGAAGUCCCUAUAAGAUUUGCCUGUAGAAAUUGUUGUCAUUCAGAAAAAGUUGGUUUUAGACAGAGUAAGGAAUGGCAAAAUCUUAUGUGCUCUGACUGGCUUAAACAAGAUGUGUUUUAUGAAACACUGUACCAAAAGUAAGGCCUUUUCACAAGAAAUACAAAUGCAAAAAAUAUAAAACGCUAGCUACACCUGUUUAAGGGUUAUGACCAAGGUUAACAUUUUAUAAGAUAGGACAAACUCUGGGUCAAGGUCAAAGGGUCAAGGUUGUUGGUUUCUAAAGAAAGGCCUUGUCUCUAAGAUUACAUUUGGGAAGUAUGAAAGCGCUGGCCCUUACAGUUCAAAAGUUAUGGCCAAGGUUAAAGUUUGUAAAAAAGUAGGUCAAACUCUAAGGUCAAGGUCAAAGGGUCAAGAUUCUUGACAUCAAAUGAAAGGUCUUGUCACAAGGAUUACACAUGUAAAAUAUGAAAGCUCUAGCCCCUACUGUUCAAAAGUUAUGGCCACGGUUAAAGUUUGUAAAAAGUAAGUUAAACUCCAAGGUCAAGGUCAAUGGUCAAGGUUCUUGAUAUUAAAUGAAAGGGCGUAUAACAAGAAUUAAAUUUGUGAAAUAUGAAAUGCCUUAGUCUUAUCCCUUCAAAAAUUAUGGUCAGGGUUGUAUUUUUAAAGUAGGUCAAACGUCAAGGUCAAAAGGGUCAAGGUUCUUGGUCCAAUGAAAGGUCUUUUCACAAGGAUUAUAUAUUUGAAGUAUGAAAUCCCUAGCCCUUAUUGUUAAAAAGAUAUCGCCAAGGUUAAAUUAUUUCAUAGGUACAGACUUCUCCAAGGGCAAAAGGUUAAGGUUUUUUGAUAUCCAAUGAAAUGUCUUUCCACAAAAAAUAUAUAUGUCAAUAUAAAAGUCCUGGUAUCUACAGUUCAAAAGAUAUGGCCAAAGUAAAACUUCAAAAUUUUUGUGUAAAAGUGGGUCAAACUCCAAGGUCAAAAGGUCAAAUUUGGCGGUACCCAAAGAAAGUUAAUACACAUGUGAAGUAUGAAUGUCAUAGCUCCACUAAAUCAAACGUUAUAGGCAAGGAUAAAGUUUUUGCGGACAAACAAACAGACAGACAGAGACAGACGGACGGACACGACAAAAACUAUAUAUCCCCGAAACUUCGUUUACGGGGGCAUAAAAAAGGAAAGAACAUAACUUGUUUUCAUAAAUCAUUAUUCAUAGAUCUUGUUUGUUUGAAGGGAUGGCAGUGUAAUUUCAUUUUGUUUAAUUUUUUACGGAGAUGUUUGAAUGAAUUUAGUUAAAAUGACAUGGGGUGACGGUUAAUGUUCACUUGGACUCGAAUUUGGAUUCAGUAUGUACAUCAUUUGCAAUGUUCAUUUACAUAUCUUAUCUUCAUAUACAUGUAUUAGUUUAUCAAAUGAUGUUGUCCCCACUGAUCACCAUAGAAACGCUGAAUAUGACUAUACCUUCAUCGACAUACUUCAUGUUUACAUGUACUUGUCAAUUAUAUGUAUGUACUUCCAAGUUAUAACUCAAAAUUGUGAUUUAAAUUUGUGUCAGAAAUGCUUAGAUUGAAUUUUAAUUUAUUUCAUUGACUUUAUUUGUAUACAUAUAUCUCACUUCAACAUGGUGUUACAUGUAUUAAAAUAUGUUCUUUGCA